CUAAUAGCCGCAGCUGAGCAUUGCACAUCCAUAUGACGAGGUAUUCUGAUGAAAUGACUUCGCCCUGCACACCUUCCGCCGUCGCGCUGCAAAACACUCAGCAUCAUCCGCAGUGCCACCCGAGAGCAACGCCUGGUCACCAUUCGCUCCCGCAGUCACUCAUUCGCGCCGCCAAGCCGACGUCCGGCACCUUGAUCUUGCACCCGGCUGGUGGUCCCCGGCUCCGUCCCGGCCCCGCCUGAGCGCCUUGUCCCCAAAGAUCCCUCCAGCUGUGCUGCGGCCUGGCAGUGUCGUCGGUCGCAGCUGGAGGCCUGCGAGUGGCCCCGUCGCCGGCUGAGGGGACCAAGAGCUUCAACCAGCGUGGCGUGAAGUCGUGGACGAAUUCGCUAUCUCGGACGGCGCCGUGCCCCUUUCCGCCUUAUCGCCGACUCGCCGUACGAGGUCCCCGGGACCUUCGGCACGUGUCAGAAACGGCAUUCCUGCUGGCGAACACGAACAUCACCCCCAAGUGCCCUGCCCUCCAGCCCUAGUGGCUGAGAGAUGGUCUAGACAAUGGCCUCGUUGAGUAAGCUCGUUCCUGCUUUGUUCUGAUCCUUCAAUGUGGCUCUUUGUCUCCGCCCAAGUCGCAUAACAUCGUGACGUCUCCUUGGCGACUGGGUCUCUCACGUGUCUCCAGACUUGUUUCUGUCUCCAAGCUUCGCGUGGCGCAAUGCUCCGUCGUGAAGCCUGAGUGUGCAGAUGUGGUCGCGUGCCCGUCCCGUUCACUUUUUCCGUCACUUGGCUGGUUCCCUUCAAAGAGACUCGUUGAACCUACCUUGCCACUCUUGACCUCUUCGCGCAAGAUUGCUAAUUAUGCAUUUCCUGCCAAUAGUUGGCAAGGCUCGAAAGCCCAAGUUUGAGUUACACCUCAAGAUAUUCGACCUGAACAAUGUGCCAUUGGCGGUUGGCAGCUCCUACGUCAAAUGGCACCUUACCCAUUCCAUGCAUGCGGAGCACCGCGGCCGCACGUCCAAAUGUCCCAUCGCGAACCACAAGGUCGACUUCGGCUUCAGCAAAGUCAUUUCCUCCGUGCGCAUCUCCAUUGACAAGAACAACAACCUCACAGAAUGCCCCAUCGAGCUGGAGGUUGUACAAGAGUUCAUCGGGUCCGAGAAAACGGUUCUGGGAAAUGUCAGACUUAACUUGAGUGAAUACGUCGAGGAGAGCGAAGCAUAUGGGCGGGACAUUGCGUCCCUCCCUCGGAAACGAAGUAACAGCGUCGCCAUCAGCCCAACGUCCGCUGCACCAAGUGAGCCGCUACAGGCACGGACAGCGGACGAUGGUAUCGUGAGGCGAUACCUCAUGCAGGACAGCAAGGUCAACUGCACUCUUAAAGUCGGCAUACUCAUGAUUCAGAUGGACGGCGAGAGGAACUACAUUGCUCCUCCGCUGAGAACAGCCCCGGUAUUUGGCGGCAUCGCAGGGUUUAUGGGUCCAGAGCAAGCCGAAGACGAGACUGGACCGCUGCCAAGCAUCUCCAAAGGUAGGGACUUGUCGGAGGUCCAGGACUUGUAUCGUCGUACCCUGGCCGCCUCCUGGUCACGCCAGCCGAGCGAACUUCCCGCGGAUGAGUGUAUUGAAGACAUAUUUUCUGGCGGCAAUGGAUGGAAGACGAAGCGGGACCACAGCGCAGCCCCAGACAGCGACAUUGAGGACGAUCUAGAUGGCAACCACGGCACACUCCGACCCAGCGACUUUCGGCGGCUCGCUUUCCAAGAGCAUGGCCGCCACAAUCGAAAUAACAGCCACCACCGCCGCACCCAGAGCGCGUCGAGUGAUAAAAGCGCCUCAACUGUUACUGGGCGAGGAUCGGGAUCUGGUUCUGGCGGCGGCGGCGGCGGCGGCGGACGCAAGCGUGGCGUGCGUAUCGCUCGUGAGGAUAGUCGAGAGGCCCGAGACGACGAUGCCGGGAGCAUGAGGAGUGGGAGUAUGGGGAGUCUGGCGCCAACCCUGGGGAGCAGUAGCGACGGAGAUCGAAGAGGCGACACUGGGAUGAGGCGGGCCAGGGAAGUGGGUGAGUUUGACCUGAGGGAUGAUUUGGUGGCGUGGAAACUGCCGAGCGUUGCCACGUAGGCGACGGACAGGAAUGGGAAGACACCUUUGAAUCAAGGGAGGGGGGCGGAACGUUUUUCAGCCUGGAAAUACCUAGUAGAAUAGUGAGUUUACGGUAGAGCAGUUGACCUCAGAGGACAAUUGAUGCAAUUCUUCG